AGCCCGUGCUCUGGCCCCGCCCCCUCUUCCUCCUCCUCCUCUUCCUCUCCCCGGCUACAUUCCCAGUCCUUCCUCCCGGACAAGCUCGCUCAACGGAGAAACACGGGACAACAUGGCAUCAGGCGUGACAGUAAACGAUGAGGUCAUCAGGGUGUUCAACGACAUGAAGGUGAGGAAGUCUUCGACCCAGGACGAAGUGAAGAAGAGGAAGAAGGCCGUUCUGUUCUGUCUGAGCGAGGACAGGAAGAAGAUAAUUGUGGAAGAGGGGAAGCAGAUCCUGGUGGGAGACAUUGGAGAGACGGUGGACGACCCCUACGGCUGCUUUGUCAAGCUCCUCCCCCUCAAUGACUGUAGAUACGGCCUGUACGACGCCACCUACGAAACCAAGGAGUCCAAGAAGGAGGACCUGGUCUUCAUCUUCUGGGCUCCAGAGAGCGCCCCGCUGAAGAGCAAAAUGAUCUACGCCAGCUCCAAAGACGCCAUCAAAAAGAAGUUUACAGGUAUCAAACAUGAGUGGCAGGUGAACGGGCUGGACGACAUCCAGGACCGCCGCACGCUGGCCGAGAAGCUGGGCGGGAAUGUGGUGGUGUCUCUGGAGGGCAAGCCGCUGUGAUGUCGCAGCGGCGAGCCGAGCGGAGUCGAGCCAACCGCCGUGCCAUCAGGACCGAAGCAACCGACCCCCCCCACCCCCGAACACCGCCACCUCACCCAGCAGCUUCUCUCUGUACCACGUCCUGAAGGAGUUAGCGUCUCUAGGCCUCCUCGUUUUCUUUUUCGUUUUGGUUCGUUCUUGCUUUUUUCAAACAUGAAGGAGAUCUCAUUAACAUGGUUGUAUGCAAAAACGCCCGCCCCCGUUCGUCACUGCGUGACGCCAGUUCACGCGGCGAAAACCGCAGAAAGGACACUACCAAACCCAGGAAGGUUGUCUCUCUCUCUCUCACAGCCAGAGUUUUGCCAAAAAGUCGAUGCGAAGGAAUCAGCCACGUGUGGGAUGAGAGCGCCACCAAGCACUGCCUCCUGCCGCACAAGGGUCGCACUCAUGCUUUUUACAUAUGACUUUAUUUAUUAUUGUAAACGUUUGUUCAACCAGGCAGACACGUUGUGUUCGACUAUGCAUUCAGAUUAUCCAGCACCUUUUGUUGAAACACUACAGUUAAGACAGGAAGAUCUGACGUUAAAUUCUGUCUUCAUGUUCCCGAGCCGAGCUCUGUCCGCCUCGCUUUUCCUUCCUGUCCCGCUCGCCAUCGUUUAGCUGUCUGAUCGUCGCCUUAUUUCAGUUUGAAUGUAACAGUCACACCAGUUAGAGUGCACUUUUAUUUUGUGAAGAAGCACUACAGGAAGCAGAUUUGACCCCAGCAGUGAGAGAUGACCCCACAGCAACAACUACAAUAUCUGGAGCCUUAAAGUGGAACAUUGUUUCUGAGAUCACAGGAAGCCACUUUGCAAUAAAAGCCUGUGGCAGAUA